GCAGGGUCCUUGUCAGGAUUCUGUAAGUCCUUAGACUGAGUCAGUAGGUUUGUCAGUCAGGGGUCAGAGUCUGCGUGGUGAGGUUUGGAACGACUAAUCCGGUUGUACACUUAUCACCAUGGUUGAGACCCGUAGUGGGUUAGACACUAGCCCCUACAGCAAGGAGCAACAAGAAAGGAUGACCGCCUUAGUGAGAGAAAAUAGAGAGAGGAAAGAGCGCGAGAAGCAGGCGAAGCUAAAGGCUAUCGCAGACGAGCAGGCGGCGAACAUGAAGGAAUUGGAGGAGAUGGAGAAAAAGAAAAAGGUUGUUGAAGAAGAAGCAGCAGAAGAAGAAGAAAAAGAGAGGAUGCGUAUUGAGAGCAGAGAAGGGAGCAGUGGCACGAAGAGAGAUAAAGAUGCAGAGAUGGAAAAGAAGAUUAGUGAGUGGGUUGCUAAUUUAUCGUUGGGGGAAGAUGAGGGGGCACAGAUGUAUGUGCCACAGGAAGAGAAAGAGGCGUUUGCCAGGGCCCUCGAAGUGAUUGAGGACCCCCUUGAACGUCAAGAGGUUGAGGAGGAGAAGAGACGAGAGCACCAGGGUCAUCUGAGGCAAGUCUUGGAGAAGCUUAGAGGGGCUAACUUCAAGAUCAUCGCGAAGAAGUGUGAGUGGAACAAGACACAAGUCCUGUACUUGAGCCACGUAUUAGACGGAGAUGGCAUUGAGCCAGAGGACAGCAAGAUUGCGGCGAUUAGAGACUGGCCGACGCCCCGCACAUUGACAGAGUUGCGGUCGUUCCUAGGCCUAGCUAACUGCUAUAGAAAGUUCGUAAGGAACUUUUCUACUAUCGCCGGUCCCCUGCGCAGGUUGCUUAAGAAAGAGGCAAUCUGGCAAUGGGACAAAGAUUGUACGUCUGCGCUAAAGAAACUGAAGUGCAUGUUAAUAAAGUACCCUGUCCUCAAAGUAGCAGAUCCGUCCUUGCCAUUUGUCGUCACCACGGACGCAAGUCAGUAUGGAAUAGGCGUCGUGUUGCAGCAAGAUGACGGCAAUGGCUAUAGACCCGUAGAGUUCAUGUCCGUGAGGAUGCCCUCAGAGAAGGUAGCCACCUCGACGUACGAGAGAGAACUCUACGCUCUCAGGCAGGCUCUAGAGCAUUGGAAGCAUUACCUGCUUGGGAGGCACUUCAAAGUGUAUUCUGACCACGAGACCCUUAGAUGGUUAAAGACUCAGGCCAAGAUGACACCUAAGUUGACUAGGUGGGCCGCAGAGAUAGACCAAUAUGACUUUGAGCUUAAGCCAGUGAAGGGCAAGUACAACGUAGUUGCGGACGCUCUGAGUAGAAGAUCAGAUUGCUUUGGAGCCAUAGUACACUAUCUGGAUAUAGGGAGAGACCUACAGGAGAAAGUGAAGCAAGCGUAUGCGCAGGACCCUAUCUAUAACGACCUCCUAAAGAGAGUUAGAGAGGCCCCAGAGACUGAGCCAGAUUACCGCACUACAGACGGAUUGCUGUUUGAGAAGACUAACGUAUUUGACCGCCUAUGCGUCCCCAACAGCAAAGAGAUCCGCAGUUUGAUCCUGGGGGAAUGUCACGAUACAGAGGGGCAUUUUGGUUGGCAAAAGACACUAGCUAAUCUAAUGCGCGCGUACACUUGGCCAGGAAUGAAGAAUGACUGCCUAUAGUAUGUCCGCAGUUGCAAAGUAUGCCAGCGUAAUAAGACUACUACGCGCGCACCCCUUGGUCUUCUCAGACCCUUGCCUAGUCCGGAUCAGCCGGGAGACU